CAAGCGGCAUGGUGUACCAAGCGGCAUGAUCAGCGUAUGUGUUCCCGGUCGGAAACUCUUUUGGAGACCCAAGUGAGAACUUGGUCAUUUUUGUUUGACUUGUGGGAUAGUUUGUUUUUCCCUGUAGUUUCCCAGAAAGAAAAUGGGUGCUUACAAAUAUAUACAAGAAAUCCACCGAAGGAAGCAGAGCGAAGUGAUGCGCUUCCUGAAGCGCAUCCGUUGUUGGCAGUAUCGUCAGCUGAACAGUGUACACCGUGUUAGCCGACCAACUCGCCCGGAAAAGGCGCGCCGUGUAGGCUACAAGGCUAAACAAGGGUACGUAAUCUACCGUGUGCGAGUGCGCCGUGGAACCCGCAAGCGACAAAAUUCCAAGGGACAGGUGUACGGAAAGCCCUCCAAUCAGGGAAUCAACCAGCUGAAAUGGCAGCGCAACCUUCAGUCCAAAGCUGAGGAGCGCGUUGGUCGGCGGUGCCCAGCGUUGCGAGUGGUCAACUCGUAUUGGGUGGGACAGGACUCUACGUUCAAGUUCUACGAAGUAGUCCUGGUGGAUCCAGCGCAUAACGCCAUCCGUCGCAAUCCGGAGACGCAGUGGCUGUGCCAGCCAGUGGCUAAGCACCGCGAGAUGCGCGGCCUCACCUCCGCUGGACGCAAGUCCCGUGGAUUGGGCAAGGGACACAAGUACCACCAAACCAUCGGCGGAUCGCGUCGUGCUGCCUGGAAGCGCCAUCAAAAGCUCUCCUUACCCAGAAAGCGUUAAGAUAUUUUCUGUACUUUCGGUUCUCUUUUGUCAUUCUUAUCUGCUGGCGGUAGUGUAUCGGUUUUCGAAAUAAAAGAUACAAUUAAAAAGUGGUGACUGA